CUCUCCGCAGAAGAACCAGAAUCCCGCCCACAGUACGGAUGCCGCAUUAAAAUUGGCGGCGCUUGCGCGUUGACGCUCCUUUUUUUCUUGGAAUGCCCCUUGAUUAGAUCCCCAUCAUGGCAGAUCCAGAUCUUGAUUUCACCAGUGGUGAUGCAGGGGCGUCUGUCACCUACCCCAUGCAGUGCAGCGCCCUGCGCAAGAACGGAUUUGUGGUCCUCAAAGGUCGCCCUUGCAAAAUUGUUGAAAUGUCCACUUCUAAGACUGGCAAGCAUGGUCAUGCAAAGGUUCACCUGGUUGGGAUUGACAUUUUCACAAAUAAGAAGUAUGAAGAUAUCUGCCCCUCCACCCACAACAUGGAUGUGCCUAACACCAAAAGGAAUGAUUACCAGCUGGUUGACAUCAGUGAGGGGUUCCUGUCCCUUAUGUUGGACAAUGGUGACGUGCGCGAGGACCUGCGCGUGCCAGACGGUGACCUGGGCAAAGAAAUUGAAAGCAAAUUUGCAGCUGGUGAAGAGAUGUUGGUUACUGUGCUUUCAGCUAUGGGUGAAGAAUCUGCAGUGGCUGUCAAACCUAUGACCAAAUAGGAAGAGAGACUGGGCUGCUCAGGCUGCAACAUGCUACACUUUAACAUUAACACUUUUUUUUUUUUUUUUUUUUUUUUUUUUUUGGUUUUAUUUGUCACCAAAGCUAUGGCCUUCACAAGCAACCACAAAUAUUUUUUGGUGUGAUUGUAUUCCUUUUUUCUUCUCCUCCCAAAACUGUGCUGGACUUGUUGGGUCAGUUGGCAUUCUCUCUGGAAAAAGAGGUUUAUUAUUGUUAGUGUGUUUACCCCCCCCCCCCCCCAAAAUUCCAAAGUUUUUACUGCUUCCAUUCCUGAACGUUAAAUAAUGGGAUCCAUUUUUCCUUUAUGUAUCUUUCUUAAUUGUAAUUGGUGUGCUGAAUUUAUGCAAGGUCUUGCAAAGAGAGGAAAGACCCAACUGACACUGACCUUAAUCUCCCCCCCUCUGGGUGCCAUACUUUAACUUUUUCCUCUUAUGUGAUCUAUGCCAUAAUGGCACAAUGAUUAAUUUCUCUUGAUUGAAUGCCUUUUCCCCCAAAAGUGAGAUGCACACUGGUAUUUGGCACUUCCUUGUUCAUGCAGAACAGCUAUGACUGAGAAAUAAACUCUGGUGUAAUUCCUCUUAAAUGCCAGUCUCAAAUUGUUCAGAAGUGGAAAAGGAUGUGAUGGCCGUGUGCGAAUACCUCUGUAACGCAAUAGCAGCCAGCUUGGUUUUUGGCUGUCAUUGACGACCUUAAAUAAAGUGUUGAAGCCUGUAUUUGUCUCCAGGGAGGCUCUUAUCGGUGCUGCCCCAGAAUUAGCUUUGGGCUCUUAAGGACAAAAUCUUUGUGAGUUCUAAUCUUCCUUUGUUCACUUGAGGCCUUUGUUACUUUAAUGAAGAGGGCAAAAAUAAAAACUUAAUAGAUGACCUUUUUUUUUUGUUUAUGAAACACUUGGUCAGUUUUUAAAAUUAAAACAUUUCAGAAUGCUG